AUGUCCACCAAGGCAAGUCCAAUGUCCGGCGUCAAGAGACACCACGAUGGGAUUCAAAAGGAAAAGGGAGCGGGGGCAAGUCCCUCGCCUUUCAUGCCCAUGUUCGAGACCUUUCGCGACGAGCUGGACGAGCACCAUGACCGGCGGGAGCGCAUCAUAAAAGCUUCUCGAGACAUAACCGCUGCGAGCAAAAAGAUAGUACGAUCGUUGAAAAGCGAAAUCCCCGCCAAGAUAUUGUCCGAGGUCCAAGAACGCUCCGUAGCAAUGCAGAACCAGUUUGAAUCUAUCGCGCCGGACCUUGCGGGCCUCAAUGCGUGGCGAUACCAGCGCCAGAUCUCGGGCGGCAUCCAGGAAUACAUGGAAGCCAUCUCUUUCCAACAUUAUCUCCGCCACCAGUCUUUAAUAACUAUCGAGGAGGCGGCAAAAUCCUUGCCGGCCACUAUUAUCCUGACUGCGGACGACUACGUGCUGGGCAUUUUUGAUCUGGUGGGCGAAUUGAUGCGGUUUGCUAUUACCACCAUCGCUACGACUGGAGCGCUACCUGGAACUCAAUCGUCAUCAGGGGAGCAUAACGUGCUAGAAGACCUGAGGGCCUUGAGGACGAGCUUCGAGGCAUUAGAUACAACCUCGUGUGGAGGUACUGGGCUAGGCAAGGACGUGGGGAAGAAGAUGGAGGUGAUGAAGACGUGUGUAGAGAAGGUUGAAACCGCAGUUUACGGUCUGACUAUACGAGGCAGUGAAAGGCCAAAGGGAUGGAUUCCAGACCUCGGAGACCAAGCUGUAGCUGUAGAAAGUUAUUAA